UAUGCUAUCUAGAUAUAACAUUAAUGGGCGUACAAUUUAAGAAGAAAAAUUAUUAUCUGAAGGUGGAUAUGGGUACAUACUGAAAGCAAUAGAUGUGAAUACUAAGGAGGUUUUUGCAUUGAAAAAAUCUUAUUGUUAAGGAGAAGAGAGAACUAAAGUAGCAAGGAAUGAAUUGGAAAUUAUGGUAUAUAAAAUUCAAAUUUUUAACUAGAAACGAUUGCCAAGACAUCCAAAUUUGGUCAAUUUCAUGGGAGGCACAUUUAUUUAAGAGAAAGGAUAACAAGUAUGUUUGAUUUUAAUGGAAUUUUGUGGAGGAGGAAGUUUAUUUGAUUUAAUGGCAAAAGAUCCAAAUUCAAGAUUUCCAGAAGAAUAGCUUUUGGGCUAUAUGAAAGUAUUUAUUGAUCAAUAGAAAUCCUUUUAGGAAAUUACAUAAGGUAUAAAGUCUUUGCAUACUUUACAACCAUCAAUGGCACAUAGAGAUAUUAAAAUAGAGAAUGUGUUAUUUUAAAAUGGAAGAUGUAAAUUAUGUGAUUUUGGAUCUGCUAGUACUCAAAGAGUGGAUUUAAGGUUAAAUUUAUGAUGUAUUUAUGAUAGUCAAAUCAGAUAAUCUGAUUUCGUAAUUUAUGAAGAAGAAUGGGAAAAAAACACAACAUUAAUGUAUAGACCUCCAGAAAUGGCUGAUUUGUUUUUGAGAUAUGAGGUAGGAGUAAAAGCUGAUGUUUGGAUGCUUGGAUGUGUAUUAUAUACUUUGUGUUUUUUCAUUCAUCCAUUUUAAGAGAGUUCAAAAUUAGCCAUCUCUACUGCUACAUAUAAUAUACCUAAAUAGCAUAGAUAUUCAGAUAAAUUGAUUGAUUUUAUUAGACUUAUGCUUACUCCUGAUCCAAAAUUAAGACCAUCAAUUUUUGAUGUUGAAAGAAUUCUUGCUUAAUUUCAUUCAUUACCAUACAUAUAAUUGAAUGUAUUAGUUUGAAGCAAAUUUUAGGCUUAAGCAAUAGAAAUUAAAAAUAGAGAAUAGAAAUUGGAAUAAGAAAUGGAAUAAUAUAAUAAAAAUAGUUUUAAAGUUAAAAAAUUUGAUGGUGAUAUUCCUAUAGAUGAAUUAAUGAAUUUAUAAAAAAAGAUCUAAACAGAAAAAUCUUCAGUUAAAUAAUAAUAAUAAUAAUAAAUAAGAUAACCUUAAUCAUAAUAUGUAUAAAGAUAAUAAUAAUAAUAAUAAUAAUAAUAAUUUAAUUAAUUUUCAGGAUUUAAUUAAUAAUAAACAUCAUAAUCAAAAUCAUAAUAAGAUAUAUUUGCUCAAUUUAAUAAUCCAUAAUAAAGCUUUAGUGUCAAUAACGCUUGGGAUAAUUCUAAUUAAUGGACAACUUAAUAAUAAUAAACAAAUGUACAAACUUUUGAUAAUUUUGGUUUUGUUUAAACAUCUCAUUCUCCAAGUCCAAAUCCUUUUUAAUGGGAUACCUCAUUUAAUUAACCUUAAUAAUAAUAAUAAUAAUAAUAAUAAUAAUAAGUACAAUAAAUGUAAAUUAAUUCAUUUUCUACAUCUCCUGUUAAUAGUGCUUGGGAUAUAACCACUAAUAAUACUGAGUAAUCUCAUUAAUCAACUCAAGCAUCUAUGAAUUUUUGGAUUGGGAAUAGUUAAUAAUAAUUUGGAGUUCAAAGUACAUAAAUAUAAUCAUAAUAAUUACCACUAAAUCAACAAUAAGAAACUAUUGAUUUGAUAGGAUUAAAUGAUCCAUAACCAUAAUAAUAAUAAUAGUAUGAUUUAUCAAAUAUAAUAUUAUGA